AUGAGUAAACUAGGCGUGGGUGACAGCUGGCGCUUUGUGGAUGUGCUCGGGCUGGAGGGUGAGCAACUCUCUGCUGUCCCGAAACCAUGCUGUGCCUUGAUGCUGCUCUUCCCUCUGACACAACAGCAUGAGUCCUUCAGACAACAGCAGGCAGAUAAGGUGGCAGGAGGCUCUGAGGUUUAUUUCCUGAAGCAGACAGUGGUCAAUUCCUGUGGCACCAUCGCCCUGCUGCAUGCAGUUGGCAACAACAAAAGCAAAAUGACAUUUGAUAGUGACUCUGCCUUGAAGAAGUUUCUAGAUGACACUGCAAAAAUGUCUGCUGAUGACCGAGCCAAACAACUGGAGAAGAACCAGGCAAUCCAAGAGGCUCACAAUGAGGUUGCAGUACAGGGCCAAUGUAGGCCAGAAGCAGAUAAAGUCAACUUCCACUUUAUUGCCUUUGUCAAUGUAAAUGGACAGCUUUAUGAAUUUGAUGGGAGGAUGGGUGGACCCGUGAACCAUGGAGCUACCAAAGAUGAGUCCUUCAUAACGGAUGCAGCCAAAGUGUGCCGUGGGUUUGUGGAAAGGGAGCAAGGCGAAGUCCGUUUCUCUGCUGUGGCUUUUUGUCACAACUAGAUCGUAGGACACAGAACCAAAACGUAAAACCAAAAUGUCCCGGAGCACUCACAUGGCAAACACAAUCACGUGUACACACAUACAUCUGCAGACACUAUGCACUAUGAAGCACAUAUUGUUUCCACAUAUAUUUGACUCUCAUCUCGUGAACAAAGUGUUCUUUAUCACACAUACACACAAACGCACAGUGACAAUGUUUUCUUCUGCUAACACUUAACUUAUACAAGCUUGUCCCUCUCUAUGUGACAUCAUUUAGCAGUGACAAAUCUAACACAUGAGAUUUGAUCUCACCGCAGCUUGUGUGCAUGUGUGUAUUUGUCUUUCUGCAUCUUUUUAUUUAUUUAAUUUUUUUGUAUGUAAUCAUUGGUGCAUCUGUGUCGACCUCUUAGUCAGAAAAAAUUACUGAUGCUUAAACACCUUUUUGUGCCAAUCAGAGUGAGAAGGAAAAGGCAGAAGACUUGAAUGGGGGAAACUUUUUGCCUCUAGUUGCCUCUGAAUGCCUCUCGUUGCUGUGUGGUUGAGUUUAUAUGGUUCUGACAUUCCACAGAACAGCCCAAAUGUGUCUGUAGGAAUAAUUUAACCAUUGUUCGGAGCUUUUGAGUGGUGUCCUUGGGUGUCUUGCUGACAUUUCCCAGAAAAACUGAAGUUUUCUUUGAGGAAUUUGAAUUUAGAAGUGCAAAAAUCAUGACGACAGCGAUGGGAUUACAAUCAGUCUUUGUUUAUAGUUUUAUUUGCACUUUAUUUAACUUUAUGAAAUAAAGUCAACAAUUUACAAAUGCUCAAACUGUCAGUAGUUCGGAAUACGCUAAAUUCCAAAUAAGAUAGGGGCCGUCCACGCAGGAAGUGCUACCCUCUGUCAGGUUGGUGUUGUGCCAUGCAGAGUGAUAGUACAGUACGUCUAGGCUGUGUACCAAUUGUUUACCUUUUUGCAAAAUACUUUGUUGCCGUAGUUCUGCUGGUGAUGCAGCUGUUGGAGAUCAAUAAAGCAACCUUCACACUUCAA